GAACGCAAGCACGGUGCACCCUCCUUCCACCUCACACAGCUCCUAACGGGGCACGGCUGCUUCGGCUGGUACCUGUGUGAGAGGGUGGGAAGAGAGCCGACGACAGCGUGCCACCACUGUGAUGGAGGAGCCGUGGACACGGCUCAGCACACGCGCGAGGUAUGCCCUGCAUGGGCAGAGCCUCGCGCUGCGCUGUCCGCGGCUGUGGGAGGAGACCUCUCACUGCCGGCGCUAAUACGCCGUAUGAUCAGCAGUGAGGAGGCAUGGGCGGCAGUGGCUUCCUUUAGCGUCACUGUUCUAACGCAAAAGGAAGCGGCAGAGCGAUCGCGCGAGGACGACGCGAACUCGCUCCCUCAGCGCCGAAGGAGACCAGGUAGGCGGCGAAGAGCCUUCGCAUCAAGGAUAAUGCCGCCUUAACGGGACCCAGCGGGUGAUGGGUCGGGAGUUCCAUCACCCGCAUGAACAGGUUCGAGCUGGAAGGCCCUCGAGUGUUCCGAG